AUGCUUCCAGCUAUCGCACUCGUCGCUACCGCCUUCACGAUCUUACCAUCUCCUGUGUACGGCGCGGAGUGCAUCACACCCAGCGUGCGCAGGGAAUGGCGGCAGUUCAGUACCGAAGAGAAAACUGAGUGGAUUGCGGCGGUCAACUGUCUCUCUAAGUUGCCUCAUGACCCCGCUCUCACCGCGACAGUACCCGUGUCACAGUCGGAGAUCCAGGGCAUCAACGCAUCUGGCUCGUACUAUGAUGACUUCGUCUACAUGCAUAUGGACCUGAACACCCGUAUCCAUAGUACGGGUUUGUUCUUCCCGUUUCAUCGCUGGUAUGUCGCGGUGUACGAGACGGCGCUUAGCGAAAAGUGUGGUUACACCGGCGCCUCGCCCUACUGGAACUGGUCAAUUGACGCCACUACUUUCUUCGAGUCGACCUUCUGGGAAGAUAGCAACUCCGCAAGCGGCCUGGGCGGCUGGGGUGACGCGAAGAAGGACUACGAGGUUCAGGAUGGCGGCUUCUCAACAUUCACCUUAUCAUACCCGUCGUCCCAUAUUCUUCGUCGUAACUUCACCGAGCGUCCGUACGAGAAUCUUGACGACAGUAGCGGCUUGUUCCCCAUCCCGGAUCUUGAAGCGAACUCGACCUUCACCGUCGAUAAGAUUGCCGCCGGGAUCAACGGGUACGUCGGCGACUUCCCUCACUUCCAGCAGUGGAUGGAAUCCGGCGAGGGCCCGCACGGUUCAGUGCACCUGAUCAUGGGCGGUGAUCUCGGUGGCACAUGCCCAGUAAACGCUCCUUCAAACUGUACUGGUGGCCCGACUUGGUCGGCGAACGAACCGUUGUUCUGGAUGCACCACGCCAUGGUUGACAAAGUUUGGUACGAUUGGCAGCAUGCUAACGAAUCUAACUUCUGGGCGUACUCGGGUGGUGCCACGCAAUCCAAUACCAACGCAUCGUACUACGAUGAGUACCCUAACGGUGCUGCACCUGCCCUCUCGCUUGACUCUGUCAUGCCCGCGGAUGGGCUAUUCGCCGAGUCGACCGUCCGUGAUGUCGUGAACACGACUGGCGGGUUCCUCUGUUACGUCUAUGAAUGA